AUGGGGUUGCAGGUCCCCCGGCGGCAGGGGGGGAAUACGCUAACCAGCCCCAGCAUGUCUUGGUUGGCAGGCGUGGCAGGGCAGGGCGGUACCUAUGUUACGACGAUUCUUUGGGACAAUCCCAGGGGCGACCACGGCGAAAGGAGAACUUGCGAUCCAAAGAGGCCAGAGGCCAGAGUCCAGAGUCCAGGACGGAAGCUCGACGAGAGUGUCUAA